AUGUUGAAGUACAUAGUGGUACUAUCACUCAUCCUAUAUGUCACCUGCAAUAUCUCCCAAGCAAAUGCUUGUUUCAUUAAUAAACUAAUGUCUUACCAUGUUCAUGUCAUCAACAAUCUCCCGCCAAACACCGAUCCAUUAAUCGUACAUUGUGCUUCCAAAGACAAUGAUAUGGGAAACCAUACUGUGACCACGGACCAAGAAUUUCACUUUCAUUUUUGCAAAAGGCCGCAUGUUACUCUGUUUUUCUGUCAUUUGUGGUGGGGUGGUUAUAAGGAUAUAGCUUUCGAGGCUUUCAACGCGAAGUGGAACAAGCCAAUAUGCACGGAGAGAAAGUGCUAUUGGUCGGCAAGGGGCGACGGGGACAAUUGUUUUUUACUUCACAAAUACGAGGUUCACAUUUACAGCGAUCUCCCGGGAGAUUCUCCGGUGCUUUUGGUGCACUGCGCAUCGAAAGACGACGACCUUGGAAACCAUACGCUGACGUGGCAUCAAGAUUUUCGUAUACCUUUUACAACUUUGUUUCAUUGUGAGCUCUAUUGGGGCAGUAAAAGUAAAUCUUUCAAAGCUUAUGAUGCAAAAUGGCAUGGAAAUCCUUGUUAUGGGCCUAAGUGCAAAUGGUCAGCACAUACUGAUGGUGUUUACUUGAUGGGAAUUAAAAACCAUGUUCGAGUAAUAUCGGGUUGUUUUUCUCCCAGGCCAACUUAUAUUUACGCCAUUAAUAAUCUCCCGCCAAAUAGCGAACCCUUGCAGCUACAUUGCGCGUCAAAAGACGACGAUCUUGGAUAUCAUAAUAUAACAUCAAACCAAAAUUUUAAUUUCCAUUUUUGUGACAACCCGUUUGCUACGUUGUUUUUUGCCACUUUUGGUGGGGAAAAGGCUUUUGAUGUUAUUGAUAUUGCAAUAAGGAGGCGAUUUAGGUCAAAAAAAUUGGCUUGGAUGGCCAAAGGUGAUGGUAUUUAUCUUUCACCUAAGUAUCCUCCGGCCGAGCUCUCAUUGGCAUGCAUCUUACAUGUAUACAAGUUUGAGGUUAAUGUCAUGAAUCGUCUUCCUCCUAACACUGAGCCAUUGUUAGUGCAUUGCGCAUCUAAAAACGACGAUUUGGGAAAUCGAACAUUGACAACCAAUCAGAAUUUUCUAUUUGGGUUUUGUCUCAUACCUUGGACGACUUUGUUCUUUUGUCGUCUCACUUGGGGACAAAAGACCAAAGCUUUCGAUGCCUUUAAUGCUAGAUGGGUUCCUAAAAUUCCAUGUAAAUCACAUACAUGUUAUUGGAUAGCAAAGAGUGAUGGGAUUUAUUUUUCAUCAUGGUACCCUUUCCCAUCUACCAAACUAAAGAAG